AAAUUGAUAGUAGUGUGAAUAAAGACGAUGAUAAUAUAUUGGCUAGUUUACUACCAUUAAAUAUAGAAAGUUCACAAGUAUUAAAUAUAGAACAUUUACAACCAUUAAAUAUAGAAAUUGAUGUUCAAGAGGUUAAUAAUAUUCAAGAAAUUGAUAUUUGGCAGCAAAAAAUCGAUAAACUUCUUGA